UGUUUGCAUACUGAAAUCUGUCGUUAGAAACGCUGGAAGGAAGGGAGCGCCAGCGGGGAAGGCGACAAGGGAGGGUUUUUUCAUAGGUUGUGCAACAUAAUCCAUCAGGGCAAUACAUUUGAUGCAAGCUCAGAGACAAAGGAGCACCAAACUUGAGUGGCGUGGAGCUCAGAGCUCAAAUAAGAAGCUUUAAGAGACUCGUGGUCCGCUCAACGUCACCGCGUUUCUCCUGUUUUCUUUUACGCGUAAAGCUACAACGGAAAAACUUUAGGAGACAUUUCUGCACUAUAUAUAUACAUAUAUAUAUAUUUUAAUUACUUUCUGCUGCAUCUCGACUGACGGUCACAUAUCUGGAUCGCUGCUGGAUCUUAAGCCUUUAACAGUUUCUUACCAAAUAUAGCCACUGUUAAUGCUGGAGUGUCCUUGACGGAGCUGAUCGGUCCUAAAUUGGAUAUUUGCAGCGCUGCCAAAGUUUAUAAUUAAAUUCUCGGAUCAUUUUGGGUGUGUUGUUUUAACAACACAUUUGGUCUGAUUUGCAAAUUGGACUCUUGAAUCAGUUGGUGUGUUAUUUUAGAAGCUGGUGCGGUUCUUCACAUUUUUCUGCCUCUUGUGCAGCGUGUUGGUUUUAAAAAAACGCUCAGUACCCGAUGACUGCUCUCAACAGAAGCCAUUUUUAAGUCUUUGAAUUACAGUCAUUGAACACGAGCUGCUCAACCGGCUGUGGGCUACAGCUUAUUUAGCCUGUUCACACACAUUUUAGCACAUUUGUUUUUCUAUUGUUCUCAAAUCCCUUACGAUGACUUUUUGUGCGUCUGGCUCUGGGCGCGGUGGAUGCUCCACAGCUCGGUUUUUCCUCAGCACCUAUGUGUUGGUGCUGGCGCUGGGCUGGGCUGGAGCUGAGCAGGCCCAGCCGACAGGGGCGAGCCCACCGGCGGUCACUCUCCGUACUGUGAUCACCGGAACCUGCCAGGAGAUCCAGCGGUACGCGGAGUCAGUGGUGGGAAGCGGUGCGAUACGGUCAGCUGCAGAGAGUGCAGUGUUGUUUCUUGAGUCAAUGCUUGGCCAGGAGAACGUCUUUAAAGUAGCCAUGUUUUUGGAGAUGGUGAUCCGAUUCUUCGCUGAAGGAGCUGCCAGCGGCCUGAAUGUCAUCGCCGUUUACGUCACAGAGAUCCUCAGGGUCACAGGAUUUGAUGUUGCACUUACUCUGCCCCGCUUCACUCCAGAGGGUGUGGCGGCCAUCGCUCAGUGGGGUCUGGUGGCACUCAUCGGCUACUGGGUGCUAACCAUCGUUCUCCGUCUGCUGAUCGGCGUGGUGAAGCGGGUGUUCUGGGUGGUGAGAACCGUCUUGGCACUCUGGCUUUUCGGACUGAUCGUGACCGAGAAGCAUGCCACUGCAGACACCACAGCGGUUCGAGUGGGCGGCCUGGUGCUGGGAUGCGUCCUGUUGACUCUGCUCACUUCUUGCUCUGAAAAGACUUGUGGUGUGGAGCAUCGGCUGAGCUCCCUUGAAGGCCGGGUGAAGGUAGUAGAGAAGAGGAAAGGGGACUAGUGACCGGAGAUGGUUCAGGGAAAGGAGUUGAGAUGGACAAAGGUGAUGAUAAUGUCGUUUAAGAAAACAGUACCAAUGAUGGUUUAUAUAUGUUUGUCAAACUAUUAUGGGAAAUAAAGUAAUCUCUGGGAUUUUUAAAUCAGAAAUGCUCUUUUUGUGUCUUGAGAAAAAGCCAACAUAAUGAAACCACAUGGAAUAUUUGUACUGUAGUAAAGAACUGUAAUCUUUGACACGAGGUAAUAGCAGGACCAGUGUGCAAAGAGGUCAGAUCUUAAACUGUCUUCAUUCUGUAUUGUCUUUCCCACGAUUGCAUACGAAUAAAAAUCAAGGCAACAUUUUA